GUACUCAUCAAUAAUGUACACGCUGGCAUACCGCUCCGCCAGCAGCUUCUGCAUCGCCUUAUGUGGAACACGACACAUAGAAUUCAUGAUUAGUACUAGGAAGGUGUCGCUGCGCACCGUGUGCGACAAUGACGACACGCUCGCGGCAAUUAGAUUCGUUGUCGACCACGUCGCCACGCCGCUUCGCGUGCGCCUGCUGGACUUCCUGCGGCACUUCCUGGUGGCCAUGUGCGACCCGCACUGGCACUGCGAGACUGGCGGCGGCGGCGGCGGCAGCGGCGGCGGCGGUGGCAGCGGCGGCGGCGGCAGCAGCAGGGGCGCGUGCGCGCAUGUUGGUAGCGGAGGGGGCGGGAAAGGCCACGUGGAGGAGGAGAGCGCAGCGCCGCCCAAGAAGCGGCGCAAGGGCGCAGGCUGAGGAGCCGGCUGGUGUCUAGGUAGCGGUCCGCGGUGGGGCUGGCAGGGCAUGCGUAGCGGCAUGACAAGUAGUGCGGCUGUUGAGAACUGUGCUGCGUCUGGCUGCGGUUGGCUCUGCUGCGGCAUCGCAAUCUAGGCACCUGUUUUGGCUAUGUGCCUGUGGAAACCGACCCCGGCUAUGUCCGGGCGAUGAGGCUGUUCGGCCCCAGACUGUGGAGGGGCUCAGCCCCUUUUCCCCUGAUCG